AUGAUUGAAUCGUGUUCUGCCAAACGUAUGUUAAUCAGCAUUGUGUUUUUAGGAGGUUUAACAUUAUUAGUUCUGAUUAUUGAAAGUCACUGGACGGAUAAUAAUACUCAUUUGGUUGCCACAAUUAGCACUAACCAGACAUCCAAUUGUUGGCUGAAGGAAUCAUUCAGAAUAAUUGAACAGUGCCAUCCAUGUACAGAUUUUGAAAUCACAAGUCAAAGUAAUCCAGCUUGUAAAGAAACACGUUAUAAGGAAGCUGUAGAAUGUGAAACGAGUGGCAAAGUUUAUAGAAGUUGUGCCAAAGUUAGCUGGAUCGAAGAAACCAAGUUUUGGAAAUUCGAAAGUUGUAUGUUUGGUUUAGCAGUUGUAUCGACAGCAGUAGCCUAUUUCAGAAAAGCUGUUCUAAAUAGACGAGUUAUGCUCAGAAUUCAAAAACAAUUAUACAACUACGCGUAG